GGGCCCCAUUUCCGGAGUGUGAACAGCUGACAGCUGACAGUUGUCCGGAUGAAGCUGGAGUGUCUUCACAGCUGCUAGAGGCACCAGCCUGGCCCACAAGAGUACACCCAGCCUUGACCGGACCCACCUUCUGCAGGCCCCAGGGUCAGAGCCUGCUGCUGACUCCAAGUCUCCCAGGCUUCCUGCAGCUGCUGUCAGCAUGGCUGAGCUCCCUGCCGACCUGGGAGACACAGACCUUGAGCAGAGGAUUCUGGAGGUGCUGAGGGAUGCUGGCUCCCCUGUGAAGACCGCUCAGCUGUUAAAGAAAUGCCAAGUGCCCAAGAAGAAGCUCAACCAGGUUCUCCACAAGAUGAAAGAGGAGUCUAAAGGAGUCACACUCGCAGGCCCUGCGACGUGGUGCUUGGGCGACAGCAGGACCAAAGAAGUGGUCCCCGCAGAGCGGGCGGAGAGGCCCCAGCAAGACGCAGUUGCAGUUCCGAAGAAGCCUGGCUCAGAGCUCAGUGGACAGCAGGAAGAGAUCUAUCAGUUUUUGGAAGCCCACGGGCCCCAUAAAGCCCUGAUGAUCGCCAAGGCCCUGGGGAUGAAGACAGCAAAGGAAGUCAACCCAGACUUGUAUGCGAUGAGGGACAAGCACCUCUUGGACUUUGACCAGAAAUCAAACUCUUGGACAAUUUAUCGAUCAGAAGGUUCUAGAAAUCAGUCCACCCCAGUUAUUUACCAGCACAAUCCAGUCAACAUGAUCUGUCAGAAGGGACCAAACAGCCACAUUUCCAUCCAGCACUGUGAAGAUAUCCAGAUUGGACACGGGAAUCUCCUAGUGAGACAAAUGGGCUCUGGGGAAAACGGCUCCACGGCUCCCUGCUGCCUCUCUCCAAUGGCUCCUGCUGAUCCCUCAACUCUGGAUUCCCUGGCUGGAUCCUGGGGGCCCCAGGACAUCCGGAUGGAGAAGUCUGUGCUCAGGCGAGUUCAGAUGGGACACGGCAAUGAGAUGAGACUUCACAGCAACCCAGCCAAGGGCUCUGCCCGCGGUGGCUGUGACAGUCCCCCAGCCUCUGUCCUGGGUACCAGCCCAGAAGCUUCCAUCGAAAUUCAAAUCCCUGAACCAGGACCUCAGUCUGAAGGGGUCACGUCCCAGAGAGUCCACAUUCGCUCCUGCUUCCUCGAGGACACCACCGUCGGCAACAGCAACAGGAUGAUGGCCCACCCAGGGGCAGCUGAUGUCAAGGGAGUCAAAAAGCCUAGGGAGCCCGGAGGGGACGUAGAGCCUCCCCACCGAGACGCACCAUUCAAAAGCGAGGUCCCUCCUGUUGGCAGUCAGGCCGACCCCGUCAGCACUGAGACGCUCAUCUCAGAAGAGCUGGCAGCUAUGACCCUUGAGAAGCAUGACUCUGAAAGCACAGAAGACACCUGCUGAGUGAUGGAACUGCAGAGCCCAUGUCCCCGGGGGGUGGGACUCAGAGCAAACAGCCUGCAGGCAGACUCACACAGAAAGAGUCUGGGGGCGGGUGAGCUCUCUGCUGCCAUAAAUGUCACUUUUUACCUUCUUGCUUCCGGACACAUGACCAGUGUGGGUCAGCAUUUGGGCUGGACCCGACGUGGGGUGAAGGCAGCAUCGCGGCAGUCCAAGUGCAGCUUGGAAUAGAAUUUCCAGACACAGAGUUCUGCAGAAAGUACUGUCUAUUAAGAAGAGACAGCAGAAAUAAAGUGGGCACUGCGAUCACAGUGGGCCGACAAGUCCCGACAGGCCUGGGCAGCUGCUGUCCCAGUGCCGUCCCCUCCCUGUGUUGUGGCCGGGUUUGUCCUGCCCUGGCUGGGGCUGCUGGCUCGAUGGCUGCUCUGCUUCCUGUCACCAGGCCCAGUUCUUCCAGCCACCCCUGCCCCUACCAUCCAUCCCCGCUGUGUGACCCCUCAGCCUGAUGAGCAGAGACUGCUCUGCUUGGGGCCACGAGGUGGGGGGCAGAAGGCACGACUGGCACCCACAGCGUGUGGACAGGAAGAGAAGCCAGGGGGCAGACACUAGGGUCUGGAAGCUGGACUUGGCCUGGACAGUGCUGGCUCCGCUCCCCACGGGGCCCCCUCUGGCUGCUGAGAUGUCUGCGAGCCGUGCUGGAGGGGGCAUCUGGGCAGGACAAAGCUGGAUGUCCAGCCGGGGAGGGCAGGGACAGGGUCCGAUCAUGCCUGAGGACUGGUGGUGGGGCGUGGGCUGGGCUGGGCUGGAGGCGCCCUGUGACACAUAGUGCUUUUCCCGUGUACUCUGUGUGUAUCUGGGCUGUGCCUGGGGUUUCACAGAUAAAGUCGUGUGGCAGCAGUAGGGAAAAAAAAAAUGGACUUGCCUGGACGGUGCUGGCUUCCCACCCCGUGGGGCCUCCUUCGGCUGCUGAGAAGGGUAGCCGUUCCCUUCUCCGGGGUAUCUUUCCAACCCAGGGAUCGAAUCCAGGUCUCCCACAUUGCAGGCAGAUUCUUUACCAGCUAAGCCACAAUGGAAGCCAAAGAAUAUUGCAGUGGGUAGCGUAUCCUCUCUCCAGAGGAUCUUCCUGACCCAGGAAUUGAACCGGGGUCUCCUGCAUUGCCAGCGGAUUCUUUACCAGCUGAGCCCUAUUGAGAACAAAGAGCAGAGAUAAAGUGGCCGCUGGCAGCAGGCCGACAACUCCCGACAGGCCAGGGAGAGCUGACAGUUUUUGUGGGUUAAUAGCCGAUUUUUAUAGCCUCAAGACAAAGAAAAUUCCUGCUGGAUGGUUUUCACCAGGUGAUUGCUUGGGAUACUAUAGGGUAUUUACUGCAGUGGGUAUUUUUGCCUAGCUGGUAGUCAGGAAAUUUGUUAAUGAUGAUCGGAGACUUUCCGCAAAGUUACAAAGGGACUCAGUCAGCUUCUGAGGUGACCUUGGUUCUGGGCCCCACUUCUGUGGCCUUGGGGGCAGGACUCAACAGACAGGGCCUCUGGUGGCCAGGAGCAGCCUGCCAGGGGGCGCCUUCCUGGGUCCACUGAACAUCAGAACCACCCACUCUGCUCUUCGUGUAAGACUUGACUUCCUCAAGGCCUAUCGUGGCCCCCUGAUGGUUUUACCAACUCACCUUUCUAGAACCUUCCCACCUUGACCUUGAAGGCUAGGGAUGGGUCAGUCCCUAAUGUUACCAGAAAAGGGUAAACUCCCAGAUCAUCGACUCAAUGGGCAUGAAUUUGGGUAAACUCCGGGAGAGAGUGAAGGACAGGGAAACCUGAUGUGCUGCAGUCCAUGGGGUUGCAAAGAGUCAGACACGACUGAGUGACUGAACAAGACAGAUGAGAACCUCAGAAGCCAGUUGCAUCUUCCCCAGCACCAGCCGGUGAACUCACUAGGCACAGAGGCCCUGUCUUUUCGCUCUUGAACUUCCAAUAGAUGCUAGACAGGCCCCCGCCUCCCACCACACUGACCGUUUCCUGCGUACCACACCCUUGGGCUGCAGAGACAGGAAGACCAAGCCCCUGCUCUUGGGGAGCAGUUCACAGUCAGCAGGAGAGGCAGCCCAGGCCUGGGCAGUGAGUCCUGAGCAGGAAUGACCAUGUAGAAUAAAGGGGGUGCAGAAGAGGGUCCCAGACACCAUCUGCAGGGCUAGGAGGCUUUGAAGGAGAUAGCUCUGGAACUCAUUCUUCAGCACCUGGCAGAAGGAGGGGGUUGGGAAGGGAAUGAUGUUCUAGGCAAGGGCUCAGCCUGAGCAAAGAUACGAUGCUCAGAACAAGACAACUUAGAGCAGCACAGCAGUGUGAGUGUUGCUGAAAAACCCAAUGCAAAGAAAACACAACUGGAAGAUCAGCUGGAGAGGAAUCUGGACUUGAUGCUGAGCUCUGGACAAGCACUGCUCCACCUGCACAAACAUUCAGAGAGAACAAGGAAGUUGGCUUCAUUACAAGGAAGGCAGGGUUUUGUCUGGUGAUCUGGGGCCCCCAAAUCAUUCCUGCCUGGGAUAACCAGUUUGCAAACAUGCCACCAGGAUGUCAGGGCCAUGAAAUCAGGUUUGGGGCCUUGCUUCUGGCAUUGUCUUCCCUCUGCAGUGAGCUAAAAACUAAGUGCUUGCCUCAAAGUUUGCCCGGCGUCUGUGGUUAACCAGGCCUGUAUCGGCGGGUGAUCAAAAUCAUCUCAGAGGUCAACCUCAGCUCCCACCUGCAGCCCAAGUCAGAGCACUCAAUUUUCCUGCAAGAUUUCACCUCUCUGUGUGAUUAAUUUGUCGUAAACACGCUGACAGAGCAUUGUUGGCAGUUAAUUGGGGCUGGAGGUGAAGGUCAAAGCUGGUCUCUUCAGGAACGAAAUUAACUAGCUACCAUUAAUGCAAAGAAUGAUUAAGUCCAUCUAUCCCCCAGCCUUUUGCUCUCACUAGCUCACCCAUCGCCCCAGCUUCUGCAAUGAUUCGUGUGCACACAGAACUUGAAGCCUCUGGAGUGGGAUAGGGUGGGGGUUGGGAUGGGGAAGGAAGAAUUUCCUACUUGAGUUAAAAGUGAUUUUCCAAAAUCACCAUGACCUGCUCACACACAAUUCUAUUUUCCUUCUUUGUAAAAAAAUGUUAUUAGUGUUGAUUUACAAUGUCGUUUUAGUUUCUGUUGUACAGCAAAGUGAAUCAGUUACACAUAAACACAUAUCCACUCUUUUUUAGAUUAUUUUCCAAUAUAGGCCAUUAAAAUAUAUUGAGCAGA